AUGGUUCUUGAUCAAAUUCCUGUUGGUAAUCUAUUCUGUCAAAGAGAUACAUUUGCUCGUCAAUUAGUUACAAAAUGUAUCUCUUGCUCAGAAAAACCUAACAAACAAGGCUUUUAUGAAGUAAAACUUUAUGAUACAGUUUUAUUCCCUGAAGGUGGAGGACAACCUUCUGAUACAGGCUAUAUUGAUAAUGUCAAAGUUCAUAAUGUACAACGUCAAAAACUGGCUCAUGUUCAUUAUACAAAAGAACCUAUUACUCAAGGUGCUGAUGUUGAAGUCAAAUUGGAUUGGGAACGUCGUUGGGAUCAUGUUCAACAACAUAGUGGUCAACAUUUAUUAAGUGCUGUUUUGGAAAGAUCCCCGUUUUUUAUUGAAACCAUCUCUUGGAAUCUGGGUGAAAGACGUUCAUAUAUCGAAUUACCUACAGCAGCAGGAAAGAAUAAAGGACCUGAAAUGAUCAUACAACAGGAAUUAUUACAGAAAGUGGAAAUCAAAGUCAAUGAACUUAUUCUUCAAAAUAGACCUGUCAUUACACACUCACAACAGGCUGAUGAACUAGAAGAACAUCCUGACAGUUUACCUGAUGAUUAUCCUAGUGAAACUGGGAAGGGCUAUAUUCGUACUAUAGAAAUUAAAGAUCUUGAUAAAAAUCCUUGUUGUGGGACACAUGUAGCUGAAUUGAGUCAACUCCAAUGCUUUAAAAUAUUACAUACUGAGAAGGUAAGAGGAGGAAAUACGCGUGUCUUCUUUUUAUUUGGUCAACGUGUCUUGGAUAGCUUUCAGACCAUGUAUACCAUCAGUCGUCAACUGACAUCAUUAUUAUCAGGUCCUCAGGAACAAUUUAUUGAAAGCAUACAAAAGAUUCAACACCAAUCGAGAGAGCAUAUGAAAGGUGCAAAGCGUUUAUUAGAGCAAUUAGCAGCUUAUACUGUAAAAGAGAUUGAACAGGCUUUAUUAAAUGAUUCCUCUCUGAUCGUGAUCUAUAAGGAAGACGGUGAUAUGGAGUUUUUGAAUAAAGUCGCCAACAUCAUCCGAGAUCGUCAAGUGCUGGAGAAACAGUUCAAUAAAAAAGUCGUUAUCGUCUUAGCUGCAGGAGAACAAAAGACGGGUGGUCCAAUAGUGGUGAUAGGUACAGAGAAUGAAAUUGUACAAAAGACUGGGAAACUGGUUAUGAAAACUUUAUCUGGUGUAAAAGGGGGUGGAAAAGGACGAUGGCAAGAUAGCGGUGCGGGUAUUUAUUCGUUAUUACCCUUUGGUUUAAGGACUGUUGAAAAAAUAGAACGCAUCAUUGAUGAAGAAAUGCAAGCGAUUGGUGGUGAAAAACUGUCAUUACCCAUCUUGCUUAAUCCUGACAGCUGGAAAAGGACAGGUCGUUGGGAUGGUGCGAAGGGAGAGGUAGUAAUGAUGAUAAUAAUAAUAAUAAUGAGAAAGAUUCUAACGUUAUCUCUUAUAUAG